AUGAAGAUUCAGAAAGCAGGGUAUCUCUUUCGUCACAGGUUGGAGGCUCAGAACGUGGUUGUAUCUGUUGCUGCCUCAAAAGCUGGUCUCUCUGGAUGGGAGACUAAGAAUGGUGUAUCUGUUGUUGUCUCACCACACAGGCCAAAGACUCAGAACGAGUGUAUCUGCUAUUGUCUUUCUGGAUGGGAGACUCAGAACUGUCCUGACUGGAUUAUAAUAAAUGUAGGUGGGAUGUUAGGCUCUCGUAAGAGGCCUCUAGUAUCGAAUCACAGCAGUACUCCAGAUGCCACAGCAACUGCACCAACCCCUGACACGUUUAACAUCUUAGAUGAAUCUGCUGACUUCCUUAAAGGCCUAAUGGUCACACGCCUCAUGCCCUCGUUCUACAUCUUCAUCAUCCUCAUUAGUUUGCCUCUGAACGCUUUGGCCUUGGUGGCGUUCACGUGUAGGAUUCGAGAGAAGAAGCCAGCAGUGAUAUACAUGUCUCACCUGGCGUGUGUGGACCUGCUCUUCACCCUGCUGCUGCCUCUGAAGAUCCACUACCAGCUGAACGCUUCAGAUUGGGUGUUCGGUGAGGCGGCGUGUCGUGUGCUCAGUGCAGCUUACUACUGCUACAUGUACUGCUCCAUACUGCUGAUGAUGUGCAUGAGUGUGGACAGGCUGCUGGCUGUGGUGUUUCCCAUCGCCUCUCUGACCUGGAGGAGUGCAAGGAAAGCUACACUCAUAUGCACAUUAGCCUGGCUGCUGGCGCUCGCUGGUACGGUGCCACUUCUCUUAGUGAGACAAACUGUUAAGACUGAGAAUGUGGGCAUCACCUGCCAUGAUGUGCUACUUCAAAAUGACCCAACAGUACUGUACUAUGUGUACUUGUUUUCCAUCCUCUCCUGCCUCUGUUUCUUCUUGCCUCUGGUCGUCACCUUUGUGAGCUACUCCACCCUCAUAUAUGCACUUAGUGCAAAAUCUGAUCGCUUAACAUCAUCUUCAAUCAAUCGAAGGAGAGCUGUGAUUAUGGCUGUUGCUGUGCUGAUUGAGUUUGUGGUGUGCUUUGCUCCAACCAAUGGCAUCCUGUUGUACCACUGUGUUCAUUUAGCUAAUGGAGGCCACCACGAGGGUGAUUCAUCAUAUGCAGCUUACCUGACGGCUGUGUGUUUGGGGAGCGCAAGUGUUUUUCUGGAUCCCCUGCUGUACUACUACGGCUCGUCUCAAUGCAGAAAGCAAAUUCGCUCUAUGUUUUGGCGCAAUAAAGCUAAAAAGAGAGCAGAAACACAGUCAAAUACAAAAACAUCUCAAUGCACUACAGCUUCACAGUAAAAAAUUAAAAUGAAAAGUAUAUCUCUCUCUUAAAACAACAACUAGCCAUAUUCUGAGCUGUAUUCUUUGUUUGCAUAACAAGUUCACCACAAUGUAUUUAUCUGCAAGUAUUAACCAACAUGGAGUAAAGUGUAGGUUUUCAUUGUCUCUGUUUGCACACUAUUAACAAUAUGUAGCUAUUUUAUUAUGUCAUUGAAGGUCUUGGAGAAUGUUCAUAAUUCAUAACAGCUUAUUUAUCUUAAUUGCUUUCUGCAAUUGUCUGUAAUACAAUUUAACUGAAGCUGUUUGAUCAAUGAUUGCACUUAUGUCUUCUUUCUACAUUCACACAAAGGCUGUGAUAAAGCAAUCCUCUAGGUGUUUAUCAAUGUAUA